GCUGCCACGAGCAGGCGUAGCUGCCGAUAUUCAAUGUAGGCCAAUUACACUUUUAAAUGAACCCUUAACGCUACAGAUACCAGCAGAUUCCACAAACAGCGAAAAGACGUAGCUGCAACAGCGAGCAGCGAUUUGACUGACAGCCACACAACGAGCUGCGGCAGCUGCCACAAACGGCGGAAGUUCCCAGUAUGUCGCUGCUUGUUGCCGCUUACAAUUUGUGGCAGCCCCCACUGUCGGUUCGCUGAUCACACCCCCACUCCCGUCCCUGAACCCUCUGAAAGCACUAGCUGAAGCACCACUAUGCAAACAUCAUCUUGUGCUGUGCAGUGCUUUGAUGAUUUCGUAGAGAUGCGAAUCUCCCCAACGUUGUGAAAAGGAGUUAAGAGUGGUUAACACAGAAAACAAACAAACAGACGACGACCGAUCGGAUCCAACUGUUAACACCGCUGGAAAUUUACAAAGAUGCCUGAGGUUCGGGAUCUUUCUGAAGCUUUGCCAGAGAUGCCAAUGGAUCCAAUCACAGGGGUUGGAGUAGUGGCCUCCAGGAACAGGGCACCCACAGGAUAUGAUGUGGUCUCAACAACAACAGAUGGCCUGGAUGCUGACUUAUGGAAAGAUGGCCUUUUUAAAUCUAAGGUGACCCGCUAUCUCUGUUUCACCAGGGUCUUCUCUAAAGAAAAUAGCCAUUUAGGCAACGUUCUUGUGGACAUGAAGCUUAUAGAUAUAAAGGACACUCUGCCUGUGGGUUUCAUCCCGAUCCAGGAGACAGUUGACACUCAGGAACAGGCUUUCAGGAAGAGGCGUCUCUGCAUCAAGUUUAUUCCGCGGGACUCCACAGAGGCAGCCAUUUGUGACAUUCGCAUCCUGGGACGCUCCAAGCAGGCCCCCCCUCAGUACACCUUUAUAGGAGAGCUCAACAACAUGGGAAUUUGGUAUCGCAUGGGGAACGUACCUCGGACCCAGGAUUCUACGCAUACACCAACAACCAACAAUAUCCAGAAUGUGAAUUCCUCCUCCAGCUCAGCCCCAGUCCCAGCAGCUCCUAUGCCUAAGCAUAUUUCCAUGACCCUACCGGCUAGCUUCAGAGGGAAAAACACGACCAGACCAGAUUAUGAGCACCAGAACUCUAGCCUGUAUGCUAUCUCAGCAAUGGAUGGAGUGCCUUUCAUGAUAUCUGAGAAGUUUGCCUGUGCCUCGUCUGAUCUGCAGCAGGUGGAUCUGAUGAACAUCACGAUUAAGUCCCUGACUGAGAUCGAGAAAGAGUAUGAUUACAGUUUCCGCACAGAGCACAGCGCAGCAGCUCGCCUCCCUCCAAGUCCAACAAGGACCUCUCUGAGCUCUGAGGCCUGAGACCCCAUUAACACUCUCCCCUCCUGACAACAGCGAGAGACCUGUACGCAACUAUUGACCUAGCUACAGGAAACAGUGACAUCCCACCUCUCCAAAACGACUGUACUGAGAAGAAAACAGAAAGAAGAACAAAAAGACUUCUGGGACUAGUUGUGCUUUGAAAUGAAAAGGAAACUGAAAACUCUGAGAGACGAGGAGAGGGGCUCUGGAGGUGUGGCUGAGACAACUAUGUACAACAUUGAUGAGAUGGAUUUUAAAAUGGCCCAUUGGGUGUUUUGAAGAAGGAUUUUGAAAUUGAGAAUCUUACAUGAUUUUAAAACACAUUUUUCUCGAAAGAAUGGAGAAUUGUUGGUCCCAUAUACAAAUAACCACAGCCCUUGAAGUACAAGGAUACUUUGCCACAAUGGAUGGCACCUGUCUGGCCUUUGCUGCCCAAAAUGGACUGAUUCUCAUCUGUUGGAAAUAUAAAAGGAAUCUUUGUGGGAUUUUUUUCAUGCUUGUACUGAUCUUCUUUGUAGGUAAUGAUCUCCUUGUUCUUUAAAUGUUUCUGUGAUAUACUUGUGUAACUGUGAGUGCACUUUGUGUUUGGAAAUUUCAGUAUGCUUCCUGUUUCCACAGAUAAUCUGUAAACCACUCCUUUUCAGUCUCUACAUGAGCCGCCAACGUUGGCUGGAUACAGAACCACUGUAUGUGUUUAAAAGUUAGAAACCAGGACACAGGUUACACUGCACUGUUUGUAGGAUUCUGUGAACCAUAUUUAAAUGUAUUGUCUACUGUUGUUGCUGAAAAUGUUUCCAUGUCAGUGAUGAUUCAAUACCUAAGAUUUUUGCAGGUGGCAAAACAAUACUUUUUUCCCAAUACAAAGUGAUUGUUUUAACAUUUGAACAUCUAAAAACACUGUUUUAGCUCUAACACUCUCCUUAAAAUGUUCACACUAUGUCCUUCCCACAGUCAUCCAUGUACAAUUUGUACACCAGCAGAGGAGCUGUGACCCAGCUACAGUUGGUCACUCUCUUAAUCUCUCCUUUCAAAUGACAACUAGUAAUAAGAGUGCCAGAUGUAAUUAAGUGGGGUUCUUGAUGUUUAUGAUGUUUCACUAGCUUAUUCAACUAUAAGUCCCUCAUGAGAGGUUCAUGUCAUCGACCUCUCUUAGAAAGAGAAAUGUGUUCCGAGGGUUUACAGUCUAUAUUGAGUGUCUACUGCAGAUCUUGAUAUCAGAAGUAGAAACCGUCAUGUUCAAAUCAGUGUUGAAUGAUUGAAUGAUUUGCGGACAUACAAAAAUCCCACUAUGAUCAUCUUCGAUGUAUUUACACAGCGCUUUACUUGUCUUGAUGACCACUCAAAGUGCUUACAGUUUUGCCGUCCACCCAUUCGCACAAGCAUUCAUACAGUGCUUCUAUGUGCAGCACCUUCUCUAUCACACAUCAUUCAUACACUGCGGGCACAGCCAUCAGGGGCACUUUGGGGUUCAGUGUCUUGCCCACGGACACUUUGACAUGUGGAACAGGGAAGGAGGGGAUGGAACGGUCCACCUUCUGGUCAGAGAACGAUCCUUCACAGCUGAGAAUAAGAUUUUUUUUUUAAUUGCCAUCCUUCUCUUUACCAUACUUGCUCACGUUUGGUUCUUGACAGCCACUGAUGGUCUGUGCCUUGGACGCAAUAAAGUCAGUAACAAAGUAUUGAGGUCCGAAACUUCUGUUAACCAUGUAAAAACAUUCCUGCCCAUUUUGAGUUACUUUUCCAAGGAUAGUGUUAAAGACAAGAUUUUGCAGUGUGGAUUUUAAAACUGGUAGUUGAAUCAUCACAUAAGUGAUCCAGCAAAAGUGCUGUUAUUCAAUUGAACUUGUUAGAUGUGAAAAAUGUGGUAGAUCUUUGAUUCAGUUUGUUCAAACCUUUUUAAACUUCAUUGUGAUCUGAAUGAGCAAAAAUUAUUUUAGAAAUGUAAAUUAUUUUAACCCAUUUGACAUGUGAAGACCACUAUCCACUCAGGACCACCAGAAUUCAUUUCAAACGAGAAUGGCUCUGAGUGAACACUGAACCAGACUUCAUUCUCACAUGUUCACAGUUGUGUUAUCCCACAACACAAGCACUGUAUAAUAAUAUUGGUGGAUCACAAGCUUCAUUUAGAAGUCUCUUAAACCUGCAGGUUUUUUUUUAUAAGUUCAUCAUUUUAGUAAAAGCAGUCUAUUUUCAUAUCUGUCCUCACUGCUUCUCCUGGUGCUCUGGUGGCUGAGAAUAUAGACUAUUUCUAUCAAGGAGUUGCACAAUCCAUUGUUUCACUUUUACCCCCCAGUUGUUUUAAAUUGCUUUUAAGCUGAAGUCAGUGAAUCUCAACAUCACUUCAACACUCCAGAUGUUUUGAUGUAAAACCUGUCAGUUGCUGAAUCAUCUUCAUUAUUUGGCAGGCUGUUAAUUUGUUCGAAAAACACAUCAGUGAUGAGCUAAAGCUGAAUGUUACAUAUCAGCAUUAAAAGUCCAUCUUGAACUUAAAGGUCCAGUGUGUAAGAUUUAGGCGAAAGGGAUCUAUUUACAGAAAUUUAAUGUAGAAUAAUCCUCAUGAUGUUUUCA